AACUGUCCCUUUUCAAUCAGCAGAUUUAUAUUUAGAUAAGAAGUAAGUGAGAUGUGCAGGUCCUUGCCUUCAGAUAGCUUGUGACUUGAUAGGAAAGUUAAGACAUUUCUUCCCAUUUCUAUUUAACGGGUGUUUGGGGGCUUACAUACCUACUGGGAUGAAAGUACUAUGCCAGGAGCAUGAGUGUGUGCAGUUGGUGGACACGGAUGAAUAGGACGUGUCAUUGGUCCCUGUCCCCACAGAAGCUUAAGAAAUACAAAGGGAUUUGAACGAGGAGAACAUGAACUUGAACUAGCCAGGCUCACACUUCCCAAUUGGAAGGCAGGGUUCAGGUGUGGCUGCCACAUCCUGUUUGAGCCUCCUAGUUGAAACAACCCACCUUCCUGGCCUGAGCUGGGGACUGGAAGUAGGGACUACUUUAAAUUCUAGCUCCACCUGGCUGUUGAUGGAAAUGAGAUGCACUCAGCCACGGUGUUCAUAAACAACAGCUACUGCUCAAAAGCCCAAGCAGCCAGGGAAAGGCCCAAGAAAUCUUGUCUUCUGUUAACACUGUUGUUCGUGUGUGUUAGUCACUCAGUAGUGUCCAACUCUUUGUGAUCCCAUGGAUUGUAGCCCACCAGGCUCCUCUGUCCAUGGGAUUUCCCAAGGCAAGAAUACUGGAGUGGGUUGCCAUGUCCUCCUUCAGGGGAUCUUCGGACCCAGGUGUGGGUUUGAACCCAGGUCUCCUGCAUUGUGGGCAGUUUCUUUAAAAUCUGAGCCACCAGGGAAGCCCCGAGUUAAUUAACAUUGUUACCAGCUCCGAAUUUGAGUUUAUCUGCCAACUUGCAUUAGAAAAAAAAAAUUUCAGAGUCUAGAUUAGGCUCAGAGCUGCCUAGAGUGUUUGAAUUUCCCUUUUCCUGGUGUCAGUCUUUUAGGGGUAGGGGCAUGAGCCCCACAUCCCCCAGGCUGCCUGAAUCAGAACCAGAAGGGAGCCCCUCUCCUCCAGCCCAGGGCCCUCCGCCUGAGCCCUGUCCCCGCAGUGAGGAGGAAGUAGCAGGGAGACGCUCUUGUCCGCUGACCUUCAAAGGAGGCAGACCGGAGGAGCUCCAGUUACAUGCCCUUGAACUCCUGCCCCUCCCCCUUCAGCUUCCUCUGAAUGGAGUCAGGAAUUCCAUUCACAAAAUGGAGGCUCGAAUGAGCCCACCCUCCCGCCUCCUCCCGGAGGUGUCAGGUUUCACCAUCUCAUUCAUAAGUGGGAGUGAAGGGGGUAGGGCAGGAAGGGGCUGGCACUUGACAGGCUGGCUGCACUACAGUGUCCUCGAGGUGGGGUGUCAAUCCUGUGGAAUGGAAUGAAAUAGAGUGGACUGUUUUACUGUCGGAGCUGGAAACAGAGGGCCGGGCCGGGUGUGCCCACUGCCUUUUCCACAAAUAGAUACAUAUGUUUCUUCUCCCUGCCCCCACACCCCUUUCCUCCCUCCCUCACACCCGCACUGGGCUGGAACCUGCCCUGCUGACCGGACGUCAGCCCAUUCCAGGGGAAUCUUAGCCUGGGACACCGAACCCUUUCCCCGGAGGUUCAUCUCUACCUUCCUCCUCCUCCCCUCUAAACUCACAGGAAACAGCUGCUCCUGGAAUCCGGGGCCUUGUGGAGCAGCUUUGCUGGGCCUCAGCUGCUGCCAUCCAGGCCGUCUGGCCCAGCCCUCAAGCUGAGGGCUUCGAGCCUGACACUCCCUCUGGGUGAACUUCCCCCUGGGACCUGGGGAUGUCCCUGGGUAUGCCUCAAUGUACCUUCACACAGAGGGUUUCUCCGGGCCCUCUCCAGGUGACAGAACCGUGGGCUAUGGCUAUGAGAAACCUCUGCGACCAUUCCCAGAUGAUGUCUGUGUCGUCCCUGAGAAGUUUGAAGGAGACAUCAAGCAGGAAGGGAUGGGAGCCUUCCGAGAGGGACCACCCUACCAGCGCCGGGGUGCCUUGCAGCUGUGGCAGUUUCUGGUGGCCCUGCUCGAUGACCCGACGAAUGCCCACUUCAUUGCCUGGACCGGCCGGGGGAUGGAGUUCAAACUAAUUGAGCCUGAGGAGGUUGCCAGGCUCUGGGGUAUCCAGAAGAACCGGCCAGCUAUGAAUUACGACAAACUGAGUCGCUCACUCCGAUACUACUACGAGAAAGGCAUCAUGCAGAAGGUGGCUGGCGAGCGUUAUGUGUACAAGUUUGUGUGCGAGCCCGAGGCCCUCUUCUCUCUGGCCUUCCCGGACAAUCAGCGUCCAGCUCUCAAGGCUGAGUUUGACCGGCCGGUCAGUGAGGAGGACACAGUCCCUUUGUCCCACUUGGACGAGAGCCCCGCCUACCUCCCAGAGCUGGCUGGCCCUGCCCAGCCCUUUGGCCCCAAGGGUGGCUACUCUUACUAGCCCUUCGCAGCUGCUCCCCUGCCGCUGGGGCUGCUGCCUGUGUACAUAGUUGAAUUUGGUGUCGGGGAAACCCCCACUCCGAAACCCACAGAUGUCUUUGGAGUAGAUCUCCUCUGCCCAUCAGUCACUCCGGCCCAGACUCUGAGCUGCUCCCCAGAACCGAUGGGAAGGGAAAGGGGAGACUUCAAGCGUGAAGGUGUAGCGUCUGGGAAAUUCCAAUGGGGGCCUCACCUCUGGCCUUUCUAGGUAGGUCCUGCUUAGAGGCCAAGCCCUACUCCCUCUCCCUACUACAGAGAACAUGUUCGUUCUCUUCUGGGGGACAGAGGAGCUUCCCCACUUCAUCCCGUUGCGGGUCGGGGGGGGGCACAUUGAGCUUCCCUGAUCUCUCAUGGUAGGGAGACAGCCACCUGGAUCCUGUGCUUCCCUCCAAGCUGUGGCCCUAGAGGGUCCUUCUUGGCAGUUCUUGGUGCUCUGUGUUCCCAGGGGCAGGGGCAGGCUGGAGUGAGGAACCUGGGGUAGGGGAG